UUGACACAAUUGUGAAUCACUUUGAUGUCAUUUUGACUUGUUGUUCUGCUUGGGUUACGUCCCCCCAAAAACCUAAAUCGAUGCAUCAAAGCGGCAACAGCAACAAUCCUGCGUGAACGGCGACACGCCGAACAAAGUACAUUCAAUCGCUAAUAAUGGUCGUGCCCUUUCUCCCUCCCCUUUCUUCUUCACAUUAGGAGUAACUCGGGAGCGAGUAUAAGUACCGUGCGCCUCGAGAAACAUAUAGGAAUCAAGAUUGAAUUAAAUGUCGCUGAAGGUUAAUUUGAGCUGACGCCGCGCAUGAGCUGCGGCGCGUAGAAACGGUGCGGAAAGAAAACGGUUCCGUCGCCGUCGCCGUCCCUGAACAAUCAAUAUGGCUUCCAGCUUGCAUUGCUCGAUGCUCUCUCGAAGCCUCGGUGUGCACGCCAGCGUGAGCGCAACCAUCAGCAACCAUCUUUCUCUCUCUUUUCCUCCUUCGCAGGGAAUUUUAGCGCGCGGUCGGUUCGGGCCGUUUCGCGCCUCUUCGGGAUCGUCGAUCCGCGAUUAGUCGAGCGAGCCUUGGUCGGGAAACUCCGGAGUUCUCGUGCUUCUCGACUCGCCGCGACUAAGCCGAGAGUAGCUAGCUAGAGGUAGUCGAUGGAAGCGGUGGGACACGCGUGCGUGUGGUACGCUGUUUAUUCUGUGGUACAGGCGGCGAAGGCGUGAGAGAAAGAGUGAGAGAGAGAGAGGGAGGAGGGAAAAGAUCGAGAGGACGAAGAAAGAAGAGGCGUAAGCAGCGUCCCGCCAUCGGUGGCGGAGGAGGAUCGACGGGUUCGCGUCGUCGAUAAGCGUCGCCGAUAAGCGCGUCGGGGUGAGAUCGAUCGCCGCGCCGGAAAGCGGCGCGUUAGUCGGGCAGGUAGGACGAAGGGCGGGAUACGAGGAUAGAGAACGGAGAAGGAGAGCGGAACACGAUUGUGGAAGAGAGGGCGAAGGUGAAGGAAAGCAAAAAGAAGAUAACUUGAAGGAUACGUGGAGAAGUAUGUACCGGUAGGAGCAGAGGCACAGACAGGAUGAGAUACGUCCUCGGAAAUGCGCGUCAUUUGCGCUCGUCGCAACAGAUUCGUCGCUCGUAGCGGUGACUAGCUCGCGCGUGCUCCACAGGCAUGGCCGAUGUAGCGUCGCCGGAUGGCGACAACGGGCUCGUCGCCGCGACGCCCGAAGGGUGUCGGGCGCCACUGAUGACGGCGGAGACUGACGGCACCAACGGCGGGAAAGGGGAUAUGGCCGCCGCCGACAACAGAGUUGUCAACGACAAGGUCAGUAUUCAUGAGAUCCUCGAGGGGAUGACGAAUGAAUUUAACAAGGGUGUAAGUCCGACGAAGAAUAAUGACAGUGAUAAACUGGGAGCGGAAGAGAUGGUGACGUCGUCGUUGCCGUCGAAGGUCGUCGACGAGGUGUCCAAGAGCGAGGGAGAGCUUGACGGUGUCAGUAAGGGAUCUGCUGAAAUUCCAGAGAAUGUAGUUACCUCUCAAAUCUUGAAGGAAAACCACAAAAGUGAGGAGGAAGGUUCACCGAGUAAGCAGGAGGCUACCAAAAAGGACAGCAAAGCCAGGAUUGUCCUGACGUUUAGGACUAUCAAUGAGAAGACACAUCAUGGCAAAAAGACCAAGAUUUCCUCUAAUCUCAAAAAAGUUCCUGAGGAAUUAGCUAAUUUGAAGUGUGAUCAAAUAGGUGGCGUCUCAGUGAAGAUAGAAAACCUUGAUGAUAUUUCUGAUGCAGUGGAAGAGUCUCAAGCUGAGGAGUCCCAAGCAGAGGAAUCUCAAGCAGAGGAGUUCCAAGCAAAGGAGUCUCAAGCGGAAGAGUCUCAAGCGGAGGAGUCUCAAGUGGAAAAGUCCCAAGUGGAGGAGUCCCAGGUGGAGGAGUCUCAAGUGGAGGAACCUCAAUCAGAGAAGUCUGAAGUAGAGGAAACGAAGAAAAUGGAAUCUACAAAGGUGAUAGAACCAAAAUCUAUGGAUGAAGAUAAAGUGGAAACUGUAGAAGAGAAGCUCAAUAGCGAACUUCCUAUCCAGAACAAGUCUGAAACCACAGAGAAUAAUCCUGAAAAUUGCAAGGCUGAAGAUACCACGCAACAAGAGACUACUGCACCAGUUACCAGAAAAAGAAGGAUUGGACGACCUAGAUUAAGAGCACUUAGUGAUUCAGUCCCUCAAGAUGAAGAACCUCCUGGUCCAAAACGCUCUGCUAGAAGGCUGUGUAAAGAAUCUGUAAAGAGUACUGUACUAGAAAGUGCCAUGGCACGUAAGGAGAAAUCCAAUUACACAGAAGAGUAUAAAAAGAGGAGAUACAACAGACCGGGACGACCCAAGAAGAUUAUCCCAGGCAAAGAGCAGGCGAAGCAAAUGAAGUCAUCUGAUGCCCCUCAGGAGAUGGAAACAUCACUAGUGUCUGAUAUUAGCAUGACUGAGAGCACGAUGUUGGAGUCAUCGCGCAACACCUCGCUGUCGGAAACUAGCAUAAAUGAUAGCGUGGAAGAUUUGCAGUCAUUCUCAUCUGAUUUCGAAGGGAUGCCAAAGCUAACACCGAUGACGAGAAGCUCGGAAUCACAGAACAAACUGAGCAAUUCCAUCGGUAGUCCUGGCAGUGAUGAUAUACCUUUAGCAGAUAUCCAGAAACCUUUUCUAAAACCUGCCACGCAAUCUGUCGCUCGAUCCAAGAGAGAGAGGGGCCGUCCUCGUGGAAGUACUCAAGCCGCGCGAAAGAUAGCAAAAACAGAUCUAUAUGAAGAUGGUUCCCCAUCCGUUGCAGAAGCAGGGAAAAAUAAUGAUUAUCCUGAAGACUUACCAGUCAAACGAACUCGCCGGAGUAUGGUGUCGAGCCCGAGUCCCGCGGAAGGACAAGCAUCGAAGCCGGAGUCGACAGCAAUUAUGAGUGAAACAUAUAUGCAAUCCAUGCUGUGCCUAUGCCAAAUACGAUCUCAGUUAUAUGUAACGAUAACUGGUUCUGGAGCACCACUCUACUGUACUGCUAUCGAUUCGAUCGACAACCGAAUAGUGGGCUGCUGCAACGAAGUGGAUGCCAAUGAUGUAGCGAUGCGGCGACCAAGCACUCGCGUACCUUUUAUUAUUCUCUGUCGUAUGCACAAGGAACGAUUGCUGCGCCACAAUUGCUGUCCUUCAUGCGGCAUGUUCUGCUCACAAGGCAGGUUCGUGCAGUGUACCAAUGGCCAUCAGUACCAUCGCGAAUGUGAGAUAUAUCCGAACAAAAAAGGCGUUUGUCCUCACUGCGGUAGCGAGACUUCAGCCUAUGACGUACUGGUAACAUUAAAUGGUAUGCGACGACCAGUAUUCAUUCCCACACGGAAAAAAUUUUCCAAGUUGCCAUCUGCAAAGAUGAGCCUACCUGGAAAAGGUGACAACACCAAGUUAGCUGAACGUCCGCCCAGUCCAUUGGUCAAGCCCGAUGUUAUCAAGAUACCCGAACCGUCGAUUAAUACUGAAAGACCAGAGCGUUACACUAUCAUGAGUCUUUAUACGUCCGUGAAGAACGGGGAUCUUGAAAAAUUGGUAAAUGUAUUAGCAUGUGGUUACAAUGCAAAUCACACAUUCCGGGAUUACGCUCAUCGGACCGGUCUGCACAUAGCGGCAGAUAAAGGCCAUUUGUCAUGUGUACACGUUCUGGUUCAAGCUGGUGCUCAAGUAGAUGUAAUGGAUAGAAAUCAAUUAACGCCAUUAAUGUUAGCCGCGAUUAAGGGUGAUGCCGCCGUGGUGAAGUACCUAGUCAGGACAGGCGCUGACGUAACGCUGAAGGGCGAGGACGGUAUGACCGCUCUGCAUAUGGCUGCUAAAUCCGGUCACUUAGAAGUUUGCAAAAUCAUUCUGACUGAGUGUAAAGUGCCGAGAACAUUAGUAGAUUGUGUGGACGACGGCGGCUGGACAAGUUUAAUCUGGGCGUGUGAGUUUUGCCAUGCGGAUGUCGCACGAUAUUUAUUGGACAAGAAAUGUGAUCCGCUUAUACGAGAUGCCGAGCAAAAUAUAGCGUUGCAUUGGAGUGCCUUCAGUGGCAGUUCCGAAAUCACGGAGAUGCUUCUCAAUGAGGGCUGCGAUGUGAAUGCUGUCAAUGUCCACGGUGAUACCCCCUUACACAUAGCAGCUAGACAGGAUCAAUAUGCAGUCAGUGUUCUGCUAUUAGCGCGUGGUGCUAAAAUAGGAGAGGUUAAUGCUGCCGGCGAAACCGCAGUGAAUUGUUGCGCCUCGGAUGGUGAUACAAUGGCUGCCUUGAGAUUAAACGCGAAAGUCAACGAACUCUCCGAACACAUGUGGGAGAAGACAGUUAAAAUAUUGACAAAUGAUAUUUCACGCGGAAAAGAAACAAAUCCUGUACAAUGUGUUAACGGAUAUGAUUCUGAGGACAAGCCGACGGAUUUUGUUUAUGUAACGGAGAAUUGCUUCACGAGUCACAUCAAUGUGGACCGCACAAUUACUUCGUUGCAGUCUUGUCGAUGUGAGGAUAAUUGUAGUUCCGAAAAGUGCUUAUGCGGAAAUAUAAGUCUGCGAUGUUGGUAUGACGAGGAGGGAAAACUCAUACCGGAAUUUAAUUAUUCAGAUCCACCAAUGUUAUUUGAAUGUAAUCCGGCUUGCGAUUGUAACCGCAUUACAUGCAAUAAUCGAGUGAUUCAACACGGACCAACACAACGGUUCCAAUUGUUUCGCACAAAGGGCAAGGGCUGGGGUCUCCGAACUCUCCGGCUUAUUCCUAAAGGCACCUAUGUUUGCGAAUAUGUCGGCGAAAUAAUCUCUGAUUCCGAGGCUGAUCAUCGUGAAGAUGACUCCUACUUAUUCGAUUUGGACAACAGAGAUGGAGAAACAUACUGUAUAGACGCUAGACGUUACGGAAAUAUCGCUCGGUUUAUUAAUCAUUCGUGCGCGCCGAAUCUGUUGCCGGUGCGAGUGUUCGUUGAACAUCAGGAUUUGCAUUUUCCAAGGAUAGCUUUCUUCGCUAAUCGCGACAUCAAGGCAGAUGAAGAGCUCGGUUUCGAUUACGGCGAGAAAUUCUGGAUAAUAAAGUGCAAGUCCUUCACAUGUACCUGCGGUGCCGAAAACUGCCGUUACUCUGAGAAGACUAUACAAGUUACGUUGGAUAACUACCGGAGAAAGAUACAGCAAGAGGAAAUGCUGGCAGCUCAAACCUCGUCGUAACCCUAAUACGAUUUAGUUUAAUUCUUUAGGUGUUUACGAUUUCUCGUGAACGGACACGAUGACGAUGACAAUGACGAUAGCGAUCGUUGAUCAUGUGUUCUUCACGUCGCAAAACUGAUUGCCACAAUACGCCCAGAAUCAUAAAAGUACAAAUGCAAAACGGUGGUGGGAUGAUGAGCGAUUCGAUUAAGUUCUUUCAUCGAUGUUUUCUUACGCUGUAAUAUCAAUCGGCUUCGUAGCGGUCACGUUCGGUUGUGUUAUUGUUUUUUGCCGAACACCGAACGCUUGUCCGUGCUAACGUAAAAUUGACAGCCGGUCUUUCAAGAUUGUUAUUGCUCGUUUUUUGAGUAUUAUUAAAUUUUAAUAGUGAUUUGAGAUGAAAAGGUAAACGAUUUGCGAGAAUGUGUAUUUUAAGAAAAAAGUGAUAAUAGCCAAUUUAUUCGAAGGAGUUAUGAUAAAUAUUUACGACUUUUGUAAAGAAUUUUUAUUUUUUUUUUAUUUUUUGAAGCGUUUCCCAUUUUUCUUGGCAGACCGGUGGUUAAUAUCAAUUUGUAUUUUAUAAUGGAUCUUCGAUUUGUUUUGAAGAGCUUACGGAGGUAGUAAUAAUUGUAACACGUUUUGCAAAAUAUUUUUAUCAUAUUUUGUCCUAAUUCUCUUUCGAGUCAGAAACCUCAAGGAGAUUUCAAUCUCGUCCAUAUUUUGCUCUCAGGCUUGAUCGUACUUGUUUCCUACUUUUGUCGAUUUUCUCCACGAGGAUGCAAUGACUCUAAGAGAAAGUGCCACAUCAAUCUUUUCUUCCCUCCUUUUUUUUAGCGAAAUAACGGUACGCAUAAUAUAUACAUAUAUAUGUAUAUAUAUGUGUAAAAAUAUACAUAUAUAUAUAUGACAUUUAGCUAGUUUCCGUGUACGAGAUGCGAAGGUAAUAAAUUGUAUGUUGAGAAUAUUGUUACGGUCCUACUUGGACAGUAUGUGAUUGUAGGACAGAUAGGAAUAAAGCUAUCAUCGCUUUUAAGUGAAUCAACGUUGGAAUGAUCGCAGCUGCUGUGUUCCUUAUUAUAAAGUGUUAUACUAUUUUAUUCCAAUUGGUCCCGUUCGUAUUCUGGAGUAAAGCGUUUUAACGUUCGGUUCACUAUAAGCGAUACGAUUUAUAAGCAUACACCUUUUUGUACAAACGAUUAAUUUUUUGUAUAAUAAAAGUUGUAGUCCUUUUUAA